ACUAUAUUCACUCAUUGGAUUUGCAAAGGCUAUAAUCCUUCAAAGCACAACUACAAUGGCCUCCAUCUCAUCCUCAGCUGUCGUCAGCCGGACCGCACCUGCUCAAGCUAGCAUGGUGGCUCCAUUCACCGGCCUUAAGGCCAACACCUUCCCCGUUACCAAGAAGUCUAACGACUUCUCAUCCCUUCCUAGCAACGGUGGAAGAGUGCAAUGCAUGAAGGUGUGGCCACCACUUGGAUUGAAGAAAUACGAAACUCUUUCAUACCUUCCACCAUUGACCGAUAUCCAAUUGGCUAAGGAAGUCGACUACUUGCUCCGCAACAAAUGGGUUCCUUGUUUGGAAUUCGAAGUCGAGCACGGAUUCGUUUACCGUGAGCACAACGCAAGCCCCGGAUACUAUGACGGACGAUACUGGACAAUGUGGAAGUUGCCUAUGUUCGGGUGCACUGACUCAGCUCAGGUCAUUCAGGAGCUCGGCGAGUGCAAGAAGGAGUACCCCAAUGCCUUCAUCCGUAUCAUCGGAUUCGACAACGUUCGUCAAGUCCAAUGUAUCAGUUUCAUUGCUUCCAAGCCACCAGGCUACUAAGCAACUAAUUCGGAUUUUAAAGAAAAUCCGAUCCUAUCCACAACUUUGAUUUAACCCCCUAUAUAAUGGGUCGGGUUUGUUAGGGUUCUUUCUUCAAUUUGUUUUCAAAUUUGGAUUUGUCAAUUUCGUGAAUUUAUGUUCAUUCUGUUGUUUAUUUCCGGAUUCUAUGAGGUGGAUAAAAGAUAAUCAUAUAUAAAAUAAUUAUUUGUCUUAAAA